AAACGCAUCAGAGCAGGAGACAGAAAGGGCGGGUAAAUUCCUUCCUUCGUUCCUUUCUCCGGGGUCUCUCCUCUCUCUUUCUAUUGUCAAAUGGAAGGCGAAGAGAGGGUCAGCUCCGCCGCGGCCCCCGACUCCCAUCCAUCGCAGCUGCUUCACGAUGACGGUGGUUCCGAUCCCGCGGAUGAAGUCGCCGAGCUUGAAAUUCAUUCUCCGUUGUCGGACGAAGAACAAGAUCAAGAGCAGGAGCACGACCAAGAACACGAUCAGGAUCACGCAGCUGAGACGGUUACCUCCGUGGACGAUCUCAAGCUCAAGAUCAUUAAGCAGGUUGAGUAUUAUUUCAGUGAUGAAAAUCUGCCAGCUGACAAGUACCUAAUUGGUUUCCUCAGAAAGAACAAGGAAGGCUUUGUUCCUAUAUCAGUCAUUGCUUCUUUUAGAAAAAUGAAGAAGCUUUCUCAAGAUCAUUCAUUAAUAGUUGCUGCACUGAAGGAAUCUUCCCUACUUGUUGUCAGUGGUGAUGGGAAAAGUGUUAAGCGGCUCAAUCCAUUUCAACUGCAUGAAGCGAGGGACCCUAAGUUUUUUACUGUUCUGGUAGAAAAUUUGCCUGAGGACCGCUCAAAGGAGAACAUUCAGCAUAUUUUUAGUGAAGCUGGAAAUAUAAAGCAGAUAAGCAUUCAUGAUCCAUGUGCUAUUGAAGGGUCUCAAAAAUCUAGGAAGCAGAAGAUGAUUAGUCGCAAGUUACAUGCUCUUGUGGAAUACGAGACUAUUGAGGCUGCUGAGAAAGCUGCGGCUACUUUAAAUAAUGAACAGGACUGGAGGAAUGGCAUGCGGGUUAAAGUUCUUAAGAAAAUGACCAAGCAUGGACACAGAAAGCAAGCUUGGAAAGGGUCUGAUUCUGAGAAGAAUAGCACAAGAACUAGCCGUGUAUCUGAGUUAACAGGAGAUGAGGAGCAUCAUAGCUCUAAUGAGCAUAAUGAAGAUACACAUGAUGAAGAGGAUGGAGGAGAACAUUUGUCGAAGGAUAGAGGCGGGCAGAGAAAUCGAAAUAGGGGGUGCUCAAGAAAACAUAAAUAUCGAGGCAUGCAUGGAAUGGGCCAUGGAAGUACUUCAUCUUCUCAUCAUGCCACUGAAGCACCAAAGCCACCUCCGGGACCAAAAAUGCCCGACGGCACUAGAGGAUUCACAAUGGGCCGAGGGAGGGUUCUUGGAUCCUCUCCAAGUUAGAGAUCCAUGGGGUGGUGAUCUUUUAAGAUGGAGCUGCCAAUUCCAACUCGAUACCGAUACUAAAUACAAAUCGACACUUGAUUAUAUUUAAACGCCAUAUACUAUAUAUGGUCACUCGUUUAUCGUGCUUGUAUCACAGAUUCAUGGCAUUAUGGAUCCCAUGUCAAUAUGUUGCGAAACUAGGACAAGCUUUGAUGCCAGAUGUAAAAAAGAUUAUUUUGGACUUUCUGUCAUUUGUAUUGUUCUGUCGGCGUGUUUCUAGGAGUCAUCAACGUCCAAGGGAUGGUUUCACUGCUAGUUUUGGUGGGCUCUAUCUUGUGAGAUUCAUUGUUGCUCUACUUGCUAGCAGGCAUAUGGCCAACUAGAUUUUUUGUUUGCUUGUUUUUGUUGGCCAAAAAUUCUAAAGGUUUUUAUUUCAUUGUUUAUUUUAUAUUUCUGAUGAGAAAUCUCUGUACAGAAUAUCAUUGUGAUCAAUGAGAUGAAAAUCCGUCAUCCGUGUUCCUAGACAGAUUUCUAUUGAAAACAUUCCUUUCUUUCUGCUCAA